AUGGCCCCAACAACCACACCCAGAAUCCGUCGCACGGCGCAGAAUACCCAGUUUACAUACAAUCUGUCGCGCCGCGUAAACGAUGUCCAAACAUACCCCAUCCAGUCGCCUCAGGGAGCUACCAUUCUAAUCUACGGACAUGACAACGGUGUGACCUUGGUUUGGCGAGGCGGCCGACGAUUCAAAGCUUCCAAAGAGGCAGCGCCACCACAGACAAACCAGAAGGAGCAGAGAAAUGGAGCUACUGAUGAUGCUGUCAUGAUUAUCGAUUCGGACGACGACGAGCCGCCGGCCAAGUCACAAGCUGCCCAAGGCUAUGUCGACAAGCCUGAAUUCGAAGAUGCCGUUGAAAAGACACCCUACCCUGAGAUUGUCCAGACACUGGACCUGGCAUUUGGAACCGCUGUAUUGAAGGUUGCUGUGAUGCCUCUGGUGCCCUGCUCGUCAGCCGAGGCGGGCUCCAACGGCGAGCCGAUUUUGGCUGAAAGGAUGGUAUUUGCGGUUUCUUGCGCCACAAACGAUGUCUAUCUUGUCACACUCCCUCUGACUCCACCAUCGCCCGAAACUGGCUCUGGCUCCUGGGGUGAGUCGCUGACUCUUCUUGGUGGCCAAACAAAACACAGCGAGGGAUUGGCCAUCACCAUGGUUGCCCCAAAGUCUAUUGAUUCAUCAAAGAAGCCGCUUAGGGCAGUGGUGGCUGCCUUCUCAAGGCAGGCGUCGGGUGUUUUACAUCUGUGGGAUCUUGCACUGGACGACAGGUCACCCUCCCAGCGGCCCGUCGAGCCCUUCCAAAGCGAAUUCUUACCUGCUCCCCUGACAAGCAUCUCAUUCAACCCGACAAAUACAUCCCAGCUCCUUGCGGUGUCAUCGCCACAUGCUGUAAGGAUAUAUGACUUUGCGCAAUCUUCGCUGCCCUCCGACCCAGAUGCCCGAGGCCCCUUCCCCACCCAGGGCUCGUGGCUGCUCUCGUUAUAUCAGCCAUUUACUAAAACAUCUUCCUCACGAAAACCGAUCCUGGAUGCUGCAUGGAUCGCACAUGGCCGAGCAGUUUUUGCUUUAUUGGCGGAUGGCAUGUGGGGUAUCUGGGAUAUUGAAGGAGCGAAACCGCUGCAAUCGGGAGCUGCAUUGUCAAACAAGUUGAAGUCGGGUGUUCAGGGGGCUGCAUUGACUGCUUUUAGUGUCUCGGGAUACGUCGAAGGAACUGGCUCCCUUCGCACUAUCGCGACACAGCAAAAGGAGAAGCAUGCCGGUGAAUUUGCACCCAUGACACCACAUACCCGCAAGCAAGCGGCCGCAUCCCUGACAAGCACCACUGCUGCAAGUGUUGAUCGUCUAUUCGCGGUCCGCGGUGGUGUAAAGUCUAUUGGACUUCCUUACACUCCCGGCAAGGCACUCCAAGACGAAAGUCUGGCUCUAUGGAUAGGGGGCUUAGAGAACGUCUGCGUCAUUCCGGGUGUUUUAAGAUUCUGGGAUUCACAACUCCGAAGAGGAUCUGGCGGUGGAGUCAAUUUGUUCAGCGGUGCUCAGCCUACCAGAAUGCUGAAGCUGGUUGACCUCUCUACAGGACUUUUGGGAGAAAGAUGCUGUGGAGUUGGUCUGAUCCCAGACUCGUCAAAGAAUGAUGAAGACAUUCCUGAUGAUGGCGGCCUUCCAGUGGACGUCUUGAUUCAAGGAGAGUCGAGGAUAGUCAUUGUGCGAGAGGGAGAAGACGGCCCUGGAAGAAAGAUCGGCGCCGUUGUCGCCAGCCACAGGAAACGUCUGUUCUCGAGGAGUGACAAGGAGGCCAUCAUUGUUCACGGGAAGCAAGACAGAUCGGCAAGCCUGUCGUUCAACCUGAGCACGGUGAAGCCCGGAACGCUGAGGCAGAAGCCGUCUGCCAGAGACGAGCUUGAUGGAAACGGAAACGGGAAUGGAAACGGAGCUAGUGAUAGGUCGGAUGAUGCGCCAACUCCGACAACUCGGGCGCGUGCCGGCUUUGGAUUCACCGACACCUUGAGCGCAGCAGCAGACGUCACCGCUGAUUUCACUACUCGAGAUGUGGAGGCGGAAAUGCUCGAUAUCAUGGAGAUUGACCAAGCCCUCAACAACAUGGAAGAUUACAGAGGCAGCGGGAGGAAGAAGGUGUUUUUCGAGGAGGAUUGA